AUGACGGGGAUGAGCUCCAGCCACGUCAUGGAUGGCGCGACGUCACACUGCAGCUCGCGGGGCAACUCCAUCAUCCACCAUUCGUCUCCGUGCCACGCCCCCAUCCCCCGACAUGAGUCGUCAGUGGUACAGGACGGGUGGCGGCCACACCCCAUAAUUCCGCCGUCCGUCGCCCGUCCCCGUCUAGUGGUGGUCGUCUCGUCAGCACCGCGCAGCGGCUCCAGCUUUCUAGGUCAGCUAAUGUCAAGUCCACAUAGCGCACUGUAUUUCUUCGAGCCUUUCUGGUUUUACAAACAUCUUUACAACAAUAAGACUGCUGCUCCGUACAACUAUGAAGCAGCAAGCGACCUCCACAACCUGCUUACUUGCAAUUUGGACGCUCUGCCGCCCAUGUUUGCCGAACGAAAACACCGUGGCUUCAUCUGGAGGAAGCCCAAGGUACUGAAGCGCGACCCCAGUAGAGCGCACCUGACUUCACUGUGUCUCAGCACUUCAAUACGUGUUAUCAAGACGAUCCGACCCCGGCUGGCAAAAGUCUUACCCCUUCUGGAGCGGACGGAUCUGGACGUGCGGGUCAUCCACCUGGUGCGCGAUCCACGCGCGAUCCACAACUCGCUCCUGACGAAACACCACGCAUGGCCUGAAUGGCGUAGGAACGCCUCAUUGCUGUGUGAAGACAUCCGAGCUGAUUUACGGGCCUCUCAGAGCAUCAGCAGUGACCGCUGGACGGGCGUGAGGUACGAGGAUUUGGUGGAAAAACCAGCAGAGGAGGCCAAGCGUCUAUUUGAGUUUUUGCAGCUGCCGCUAGCAAUGGAGACGUUAGACUUUAUUCGAACACACGCCCGAAGUCACGACGCUCCUAAAAGUCCUGACACUGCGGGAAACUCCACUAAAAGAGACAACGGUCACGCUGGCGAAAACCGUGGCCAGGAUGUCGCUGACGAAACCAAAGAUGAAGAAACUCAAACAGUGGUACAAGAAGACAACAACCGCAGCCAGAAUCAAAUAGCGACAGCUGAAGACAAGCUCUCAGCACUGGCAGAAGGCAAUCAGCAUGGCCACCUCCGAAACACCGUGAAGGGGAUUGCUGAGGGAAUGGGCCGAAUAUCUGAAGCAGUGAGAAGUAUUUUCGCAGCUGUGGGCGGCUCAACUGACGAGAAAGGAUCACCUGGUUCGGGUCGAUUCACCCGAAGGUUGCAGAGGUCCAAUGUAUCGGAACACAUUCGUCCUGGUUCAAGAAACACCAUUGCUGGGGCCAUACGGAGGCGACGAGACACCGCACUGGUCAGCACACAUCGCGGCACACCACGACGCCUUCUAGCAAUCGGUGACGAAGACGAGCCUAUCCAACAGAAACUAAAACCCAAGACCAGAGGGGGUCGAGCGCCCACCUUCCGCCGUUUGACCAGAAAUGAGUAUGUCAGAGCCUUGAAAAGACGGGAAAUCUUUAAGAAGAAAAAUAGACGUAGUUAUUAUUUUGAUACUGUGCGAGGCGCAGAGUUUGAUAGGCUGCACUGGAUUCGUGAGCUGCCUCCUGCCGAGCGCAGCAACGUUGAAAAUGUAUGUGAAGACGUGUUGGCUAGUCUAGGCUAUCCGCUUCGCUACCCAGAUGAGAAUAACGGGCUGUGAUCAAUUCAAGAUCAAUUUAUCAAGGGCAGUAUCAAAAGCUGGGUGACGAUCAGGUUUUAUAACCUAGAAAUGUGAUAUUAGCAAAUAUGCAGUUCAAUGGUUAGAAUCUUCAGGUGACUAAGUACAUGGUUAGAUUGCCAAAAAUAAUUGCCAAGAGGUUGGCAUGCAUUUUUAUAUAGGAUUUUAAAGCCAGGAACCAUUCCCAACAAGUAAAACCCCAGAAAUACGUAACAUUACGACGUCAAUGUAAUGAUAUUGCUAUUUUUUGAUGAAUGUGUGUAGUCCAGGGUCUUACAUCAAAUUGGUGAUACCUUACACUUGUCCCUGUGGUGACCACGUGAAUUAGUGUCUAUAAACAGUGUCUAAAUUUGUGGGCUGCAGGGUCCUUCUUGUGAUUACUUUGUUCAUGUUGUCUCGUGCAGAAACCUCCGAUUUUAGGGGUCUGUAAUGCCUCGCUUUCGAGGUAUGUGUGAUUAGGUGGCAUUUCCUAUUGCAUGUUUGAACAACUACG